AUGCGCAUGUUGUGGUCGGCGUCCUGGCGCUGGGUGGCGCUGGUGCUCCUGGCAUGGGCGACUCUGCUCUUCUUCAUGGGCGGGCACCUGGUGAGAGAGAGCCAGCACACGCACGAAACCACGCACACGCGCCGAGAACUGGCCAACAUCCUGACCAAACUGGAACGGCUGAGGAACCAGAACCAGGAGCUGAGACGCAUGGCACAGGCACUGCGGACUCCUGAAGAACACUCGGUCUCUGCAGGUCGUUUACGUUCUUUAGAGAAUCAGUUGAUCAGAGCUCAGCAGGAGAUUCACUCGUGCCAGAGAGCGCUCGGAGACGCAGGUCCAGGUGGGGUGCAGGAGGAGUACAGGAGGAGGGUGGAGCGAGGGGUUCGAGAGUUUUGGUUCUUCCUCAGCAGCGAGUUACAAAAGCUGAGACACGACGAACCAGCAGCUCUACAGAAACAUACAGAUACACUCCUGCAUGACCUGGGUCAACAACAGAGGUCCAUCCUGACAGACCUGCACUACCUGAGUCGUGCUGAUGGAGUCGGUGACUGGAGAGAGAAGGAGGCGAAAGAUCUGACCACACUGGUACAGAACAGGAUCUCCUACCUGCAGAACCCCGCGGACUGCAGCAGGGCGAGGAAGCUGGUGUGUAACAUUAAUAAGGGCUGCGGGUACGGAUGCCAGCUGCACCACGUGGUUUACUGCUUCAUGAUCGCGUACGGUACGGAACGAACCCUGAUCCUCGAGUCCCACAGCUGGCGCUACGCUAACAACGGCUGGGAGACGGUGUUCAGACCGCUGAGUGACACCUGCACUGACCGCACCGGAACCUCCACCGGGCACUGGACGGGUGAGGAGCAUGAUGGCGACGUCCAGGUGGUGGAGCUGCCCAUCGUGGACAGUCUGCACCCCCGACCCCCCUACCUGCCCCUGGCAAUUCCCGAGGAUCUGGCGCCCCGACUUCAGAGGCUGCACGGCGAUCCCUCCGUCUGGUGGGUGUCCCAGUUUGUCAGGUACCUCGUGCGUCCUCAGCCAUGGCUGGAGAAGGAAAUGCAGGAGGCCGCCGUCAAGCUGGGAUUCGAACACCCGAUCAUCGGGGUUCACGUGAGGCGGACGGAUAAGGUGGGCACGGAGGCGGCGUUUCACCCCAUAGAGGAGUACAUGGUGCACGUGGAGGAGCAGUUCCAGCUCAUGUCCCAGCGCAAGCAGGUGGAUAAGAAGAGAGUAUAUCUGGCAACCGACGACCCCUCUCUGUUACAAGAGGCCAAGAGCAAGUACCCCGGGUACGAGUUCAUCAGUGAUAACGCCGUCUCACGGUCAGCAGGAAUCCACAACCGCUACACGGAGAACUCGCUGAAGGGCGUCAUACUGGACGUCCACUUCCUGUCCCAGACCGACUAUCUAGUCUGCACCUUCUCCUCACAGGUGUGCCGAGUGGCCUACGAGAUCAUGCAGACUCUCCACCCAGACGCUUCCUCGUACUUCUACUCCCUGGACGAUAUUUACUACUUUGGAGGACAGAACGCACACAACCAGAUCGCCAUCUACCCCCACCAGGCUCGCACGCCGGACGACGUUCCCCUGGAACCCGGGGACGUCAUCGGUGUGGCCGGGAACCACUGGGACGGCUACUCCAAAGGACUGAACCGCAGGCUGGGCCACACCGGCCUCUACCCGUCCUACAAGGUCAAGGAGAAAAUCGAGACGGUGAAAUAUCCCACAUACCCCGAGGCAGACAAACUGCUGAACUCAUAAACCGAGAAACAGCAGGAGACGGAAACGUCCAGCUCAGGAUAGAACGACGAGACAUCAAACGAGACAGAACGAGACAGACAGGGUGAGAACGAGCUCAAAAAUAUGAUUUUAUUUUCCUGUAAUGAGACGGAAGUGGAAAAGACUUUGUUCAUUAAAUAAAAACAGACACACGGAUAAAGAAAGGGACAAAAUGAGACAGAACGAGACAAAAAAGAGAAACAGGGAGAAUUGGUGUUAAAAAGAAAGACAAGACGUGAGAGAAAUGAGACAAGAAAUAGAAAAGAACCACUAAAAAGAGAAGUGGGCAGAAACAGAUGAAAGUAAAAGGAGACAUGAAGAGACGAACAUUUUAGAAUGAAGUUUAAUAAUAUACGAAGUGAACAGAAAAGCUUCUUAAAGAUUCAGAAAGACCUCAAAAAGAAAGACGGAGAUAAAAAUAAAAUAUAGAAUAACUGGGACAGACAGGAACAGGGUACAGAAAAAGACAGAAAGUAUAUAGAGACAGACAUAAAGAAAUAAAAACUAUGUACAGAGACAAAGACUAAAUAAGAGAGAGAGUCAUAAAGACAAAAAGAACAGAAAUACAACCACAGGGACAAACAACUGGAAAAAGACAAAAAAAAAGGGACAAAAGAAAUCAACAAGAGACAGAACAGGACAAAAGGACAACACAAAAAUAUAGAGGAAUUGUUUAGGUAUAGAAAAUAAUAAACAAGGCGCAUAAUAAAACUGAAAUGAGAAACAAAGAGACACGAGGGAAUGCGAGACAAAUAGAAAGACCAAAGGCACGAGGCAGAGGUAGACAAAACAGACAGAAAGAGACACGAGGAGGAGUAAGAUAUAAAAAGACAGAGACAAAGAAACAUGAGGUAAAGCAGGACACAGAAAUACAUUAAGAGACAUGAGGUAAAGGAAAAACAAAUAGACAGAAAGAGAAAAAGAGGCACGAGGCAGAGCAGGACACGUAAAUACAGAAAGAGGAGAAGAAGUAAGAUACAAAAAGACAAGAGACAAACAAACAUGAGGUGGGACAGGACACAAAAAGAGACAAAGGGACAUGAGGCAGAGCAGGACACGUAAAUACAGAAAGAGUCAAAGAGGCAUGAGAAGAAAUAAAAUACACAGAGACAAAGAAACAUGAGGCAGGACAGGACACAUAAAGACAGAAGACAUGAGGCAGAGCAGGACACAAAACAACAGAGACAAAGAAACAUGAGGCAGGACAGGACACAUAAAGACAUGAGGCAGAGCAGGACACAAAACAACAGAGACAAAGAAACAUGAGGCAGAGCAGGACACAAAACAACAGAGACAAAGAAACACGAGGCAGAAGGCAGAACAGGACAUAAAAAGUCAGAAAGAGAAAAAGAGGCACGAGGCAGGACAAGACACAAAAUUCAGAAUGAGUCAAAGAAGCGUGAGGAGGAGUAAGAUACAAAAAGACAGAGACAAAGAAACAUGAGGCAGAGCAGGACACAAAAAGAGACACAAAAAGACAUGAGGCAAAGCAAGAUAAAUAGAAAGAGAAAAAGAGGCACAACGCAAAGGAAGACACAAAAGAGCCAAAGAGAUGAGGCAGAGCAGGACACAGACAGAAAGAGAAAAAGAGGCACAAGGCAAAUAAAGACAGAAAGAAACAAGGAGACAUGAGGAGCAGGACACAAAAAGAGAAAGACAUGAGGAGGAGCAGGACACGAAAACACAGAAAGAGACACGAGGCAGGGGAGAACCCAAAAAGAGAGGCAGAGGCAGAGCAAGACGAAAAGACAAAGAGAAAAGGAGGCACGAGGCAAAGGAAGACACAUAAAGACAGAAAGACAUGAGGCAGGACACAAAAAGAGAAAAAGAGGUAAAGCAGAGUAAGACACAAAAAUAGCCAAAGACAUGAUGCAGGACACAAAAAGGGACAAAGAGGUGAAGCAGAGUAGUACAUAAAAAGACAAAAAGAGACAUGAGGCAGAGCAGGACACUUCAAAACAGAAAGAGACAAUUUGCAAACCAGGAGACGAUGAGAUCAAAGAGUCAGAAAGAAAAAAGAAUCCUAAAGAGACAGAAGUCAGACAUCUGAAGACACAAAGAUAAAAAGACAGUAAAAUGAGUCAUGAAACAGAAAUGGACAAACAGAAAAAGACAGACAAAAACGUACAAAAGAAAAGAAGUGUGGAGACGAAAGGUGAAAGAGACGUCCAGACACGAGACACGAGAAGAUGAAGGAAAAAGAUAAAACCGAGGAGACGUGACGUGAUGAAAGAGAAUCAACAACACACACAUAAGCAGAACUCGGACCUUCAGGUCAUGUGAUCUCUUCUUCUAUAUGGAGUUUAAGAGACAUUGAGAUGAGUUCAGAAAUAUCUGGACACUCGCUGUGAGUUCAGGUGUGUAAAUAUGUGUGAUUUUUAAACCAAGAGACAAAAAACGGAGAUUAAAACUCAACAACCUGUACAGAAGUCAUUCAGAUAACCAGGACAAAAUAACCCGGACACACUGAGGAGACACCGAGGACAUUAAAGUGUGUGUUGUGGUACACAGUGCCCUGAUAGGACCUCUGGGAUAUGAGCGGGCACAGAGACGCUCUGUUCUGUAUUUAUUUGUUUCUUUUUUUGUUUAUUAAAUUAUUUAAUAAUCACGAGUGUUUUUAAAUACUGUUUCUAUAUCAGAUCUAAACAUGAGAACUUGGAGACUAGAACCUAAAACAUGUAAAACUAGAGAACUGAAGAACUAAAGGAACCGAGACUCAUGCAGGUGAAACUUCAGCUGUAGAAAUUAAACACAAACACAAAAACACAAAAGUUUUUUUUAUUUAGAACCAGUUCACGUCGACCAGUUACGAAAGACAGUGUAAACAUGUAAUACUAGAGGACUAAGAUCUAGAACGUUUAGUCUAGAAUUAAAAAUAGAGGACAAGAAAUAAAGAACUAGAGAAAAUGAAGAACUACAAAUAUAAAACUAGAGGACUAGAAAUGUAGAACUAGAGGACUAAGAUAUAGAACUUUUAGUCUAGAGCUAGAAUUAUACAACUAGAGGACUAAAAUCUAGAACUAGAGGACUAGAAUUAUACAACCAAAGGACUAAAAUCUAGAACUUUUAGUCUGGAACUAGAAUUAAAGGACUAGAGAUGUAGAACUAGACGACUAAAAUCUAGAACUUUUAAUCUAGAACUAGAGGACUGAAAUGUAGAACCAAAAGACUGAAAUGUAGAACUAGACGACUAAAAUCUAGAACUUUUAGUCUAGAACUAGACCUAAAGGACUAGAAUCUAGAACUAGAGGACUAGAGAUGUAGAACUAGAGGACUGAAGUGUAGAACUAGGAUUUAAAAUAAGUUAAAAGAAAGAACUGGAGGAUGAAGUAACAGGCAGUGAUGAGAUAUGAAGACAUUUAUUUAUUAUUUAUUUAUUGUUUAUUUAUUAGUUUAUUUAUUUAUUUAUUUAUUUAUUAGUUUAAUAGUUUAUUUAUUUAUUAGUUUAUUAGUUUAUUUAUUUAUUUAUUAUUUAUUUAUUUAUUAGUUUAUUUAUUUAUUAGGAUUUGAAGGUGAUGUUUCCCACUUUGGUUCCAUUCAUGGCAGGACAGCCGAUUACUGGUUACCCAUGAUUCAUCAGUCUAGCCAAUUUUGUAUCUCCAGUUCCCACAGAAAGGACUCGGAGCUCUCCACCUGGGAAUCGAACCCAGGACCUUUCCACUGUGAGGCGACGGUGUUACCCACCUCAGUGGAAACAAAACUGUGAAACUGUGAAGCGGUUUGAUGCCAAAAUGAUACGACAACCACCCGAGACCUAAAACGAUUGGUUUUCUGUUAAAGCAUCUGAUUCUGAUUUUAUAUUCUGGAGUCUAAAGUUUAUAGACGCCCUGUUUCUGGAACUCUUCUUUUUCUGUGACUGAAUGAUUAAAGUAUAAAGAUGAA